AUAGAAGCUUAGAGGGAAUCGGAAACUGUUGCUGACUCUCUUUCUUUCGGUCGUAAGCCGGCACCGGUUCACCAUAAGAACCGACUGUGACGCGUGCCAACUGCUCCGAAAUUAUUCUGGUGCGCAGUACGCCGUUGCUUUCACUGAUCUUGUCGGUUCGACUAGUCCACUUUGUCUUUUCUGACGUGGUUUUAACGCGGUAAGUUCUGAACAACACACGAUGGCGGCGGUCGACUGUUACCAGAAUCAAGCCCAGGCCGAGGGUACCGGCCAACAGUCACAAACUCAACAGCAGCAGUCCCAACAGCAACAGCAUCAUUCUCAACAGCAGCAACAGUCGCAAUCUCAGCAGCAACAAGCCACCGCUGGAAUUCCAGGCAAGGAUGACGAACGCAAACUUUUCGUUGGUGGCCUAUCGCGUAAUACCACAGACAAGGAACUCCGAGACCAUUUUGGCAAAUUUGGAGAGAUCGAAAGUAUCUCCGUUAAAAUUGACCCAUAUACCGGUAUCUCGCGAGGUUUCGCAUUUAUGGUAUUUACCAACCCCAAAACGAUCGACAAGCUUUUGGCUUCUGGUGAACAUUACAUCAAUAAACGAAAGGUCGAUCCCAAACGGGUGAGUAAGAAGCCCCAAUAUGGAAAAAUUUUUGUCGGUGGUCUUACACCUGAAAUUACGGAUGAUGAUAUCAAGUCGUAUUUCGGGCAGUAUGGUACAAUUAUUGAAUUACAAGCUCCGUUCGAUAAGGUAAAAAACCAAAGGAAGGGAUUUUGCUUCAUAACAUUUGACUCCAAGGAAGUUGUGUAUAAGUUACUCAAAACACCAAAACAAACAAUCAAUGGCAAGGAAGUGGAUGUCAAGAAAGUGAAAGUUAAUCCAGACACAAGAAAUCAAGGAUUCUGGGGGCCUGGAUAUGGUUAUGGUUAUGGUGGUGGUUAUGGCUACAUUCCUGAAUAUUGUAAUGGAUAUCAGGGAGGGUACGAUGAUAUGUAUGCAAAUUUUGAUUAUGAGAGUUAUGAUGAGUAUGGUAACAUGGGAUAUGGGGCCCAAGGUAAGCCACGGGGAAAUGGUCAGGGACCGCGUCAAUUUCAAAGACAUCAGCCCUAUUAAGAAAAUGAAGGGUAUAUGAAUCCCACAUACUCGAAACUUGGUGAUAAAGCAAGAAUAUAGCAAGGAGUAGACCAAUGUUAUUUAGAUACAGUCUGAGACUGAGAUUAGGAAAUUUGGGAUAAAAUAGCAUGUGGGGUCUUUGCAAGAUCCAUAUUUGAGCCCCAAAUACCCUAAUCUUUGUAUGUAUGUAUGUACAUUCAAAUGUACAUUUUCUAAAGGAGGAACAAAUUUUUCAUUGAUCUGUAGUCAGUGUAAUUUGUUAAGUCAAAAGGGAUCGCAUCAUCUUUUGUCUAAACACAUUUUGUCAUUUAUUACAUGGAACGAUUACUAACAAG